AUGCAAGUCGUAUUUGCACUUUUAUUUAUCUUAGGAUGUAUUUCUGUUGCGAAUGGAUUAAGAUGUUAUGCUUGCGAAUCUGCCUCCACACCCAAUUGUGGCGACCCGUUUAGUAGUUCGUCAUUAAUACCUACGAAUGAAACGGCUGGUGCCGGUCAGCACAAAGUAUGCAUGAAGGUAAAAAGUGAAAUCAAAGGCGCUAUCCUUGUUGUGCGCAGUGGUAUACCUAUUACCGAAAGAUGUAUCGGGGGCGGGAACGGGUGCAAAUCUGUCAACAGUAUUACGACAUGCUGCUGUACUUCGGACUUAUGUAAUAGUGCACUUUCCAUUCAAAAGCAAUCAGUUCGUUUCAUGAUCAUGAUAGUAUCAACAGUCGUCGUCGUCUAUCAGUGGAUGCAAGAUAUUUAG